CCACGACUUCGGUAGGAAGAUAGUCGACAAUGAAGGAACAGCAUGGUAUGUAUGGAGAUAGGCUCCCCCUAUUAUCGAAUUUAUCUAGAAUUUUGUCAGUAAAUGCUAACGAUUCCACAGUAUGUCACGUUAUAUUUUAAAUAUUCCUGCCUGGAAAAUUAACACAUUUGUUUGCAGACAGUUACGUAUCGCGCAUGUUCACCAACGACAGUUUCAGUUUCAUGACGGAUAUCGAGCUCCCUAAUGUGUCCGAGGAAUAUCUGGCAAAGUUUGUACAGCCGUUGGUGGAUGACCUGAAAGCGGUCGGGCUUAACGUGACCGUCCGACCACCAUACCCGGCAUCAAACUGGGCUGCCCUUAGGCCAGGUAUAGGUGAUAGACCAGGUAGCUCGCGAUUCGGGAGUCGUUUACUACCGCGAGAAAAUUUUGAUGACCCGGACCUAUUUAACGCCACACAACUUGCAAUUCGGGAGUCGAUUGAAGCUGGAUAUACUUUCCACGGAAUUCAUUUGGCGCCGACAGAAGAAGUAGCAGGAUAUCCAGGCAACAACGCGGCAAACCCAGCAUUCCGCAAGGCUAUUAUGCACGCGGAUUUGUUCGACUACUCCGAAUUGCGAGGCCUAUCGCCGACAGAUUUUAAGGCAGCACACUCCCGGCUUGCAUCGGCUUUAGACAAAUGGAGAGAAGUAUCGCCUGGAGCCGGCGCCUAUAUCAAUGAAUGCGACGUGGAAGAGCCAAACUGGCAGCAAGCUUUCUUCGGUAGCAAUUAUCCACGACUAUUGCGUAUCAAGCAACGCCGUGACCCUUGGGGACUGUUUUACGCACCGACCACAGUAGGUAGCGAAGACUGGGUGGUGCUCACUGAAGAUGAAUUACCAACGCAGAAUGGACCGCUCUGUAGGGCUAAUUCGGAAGAGGCUCGAAAAUGGGGAGCUAGAAAGUUGAAGUGGACAGGAGAAGAAGUGAGUUAGUAGGACGAUAUUCUAAGGCUCUGAAGAUUCAACCAUGAUGAGCUGCUGUGUAUAUAAAAACGAUAUCAACGAGAAUGGUGAAAAAGAAAA